UGACUUCAUUUUUAUGGGUCACAUGUUUCAGUCUGUUUCCUUUAUUGUGUUUGUGCCGUCAUGGCUUUUGAAACGCACUGCUUUUCUCUUUGUAAAGUAUUAGCACUCAGUUUUGCACUGUUCGGCCUUGUUUCUGUGGGAGAAGGUCGGUUCAAGGGCUUCAGGAAGUUUGAUGUGGUGCAGGAUUCCAGCCAUGGAGCUGUGUCUGAGGAGCUGUGGUUCACCCAGAAACUGGAUCACUUCAAUGGUGGAGACAGCAGAGCUUGGAAGCAAAGAUACUUUGUAAAUGAGGCCUUCUACAAGCCUGGAGGUCCAGUGUUUCUGAUGAUUGGUGGAGAGGGCCCUGCAAACCCAGCGUGGAUGAAGGAAGGCACCUGGCUCACCUACGCUCAGAAACUCGGAGCCAUCUGCUUCAUGCUGGAACACCGAUUCUAUGGGAAAAGUCACCCAACAACGGGCCUCAGCGCAGACAACUUGCGUUUCCUCAGCAGUCGCCAGGCUCUGGCUGACCUUGCACACUUCCGCACUGUGAUGGGGGAAAACCGAGGGCUGACCAACAGAAAGUGGGUGGUUUUCGGCGGGUCGUAUCCAGGUUCUCUCGCUGCGUGGUUCAGGGUCAAGUACCCUCACCUGGUGCAUGCCUCUGUGGCCACGAGUGCGCCCGUGUUCGCCACUGUCAAUUUUCCAGAGUACUUGGAGGUUGUGUGGCGUUCGCUGGCCUCAGAAAAUGCAGAUUGCCCUGUGCUUGUGAGAAAGGCUUCAGAUACCCUCGCAGAACGCCUGAAAGACCCGAAAACCUUUGAAAACAUCACCAAAGAUUUCAAUUUAUGUUCCACACUGCAGAUCCAGUCAGAGAUGGACUCUGCUUACUUCCUGGAAUCGGUGGCUGGCAACUUCAUGGAUGUGGUCCAGUACAACGAAGACAACAGAGGAUUUGAGGGGGUUUUGGGCACCAACAUAACCAUCAAGGUCCUGUGUGACGUGAUGGGUGACGCCUCACUGGGAGAUCCAUACACCCGCUACGUUGCUGUGGCCCGCCUCAUGAUGGACACGUUCUCUGUGAAAUGCCUGGAUGUCAGCUUCAGUAACUACGUCAGAGACAUGACGAAUACGUCCUGGGAUGGGCCGGCCGCAGGAGGAGGGAGACAGUGGGUCUAUCAGACCUGCAGUGAAUUUGGAUUCUACCAGAGCACAGAUUCACCGAACCAGCCAUUCACCGGCUUCCCUCUGGAUUAUCAGGUGAAACAGUGUGCAAGCUUCUACAACAUCAGUGCUGAGGAGGUGGCAGAGGCUGUCGCCCAGACCAACGAGUAUUACGGUGGCUACGACAUCCAGUCCAGCAGAAUCGUUUUCCCCAACGGGUCCAUCGACCCGUGGCAUGCUUUGGGAAUCACUGCAGACAUCACAGCUGAGCUCCCUGCUGUCUUCAUUAAAGGAACUGCUCACUGUGCUAACAUGUACCCAGCAAGGAGCCAAGAUCUUCCCCAGCUAUCUGAGGCUCGGGAUCACGUCUUUCUGCUCCUCCAGCAGUGGUUGAAGUAGUGAUUGAAGGCUCCUUCGGCUUUACAAAGCAAACGCAUCACUUCUGAUUUCUGAAAUUCAAACUUGAUUUCUUACUGUACUGCCAAAUUUUCAGCUCCUUGAAGUCUUGUAAUGCACCUUUGCACAAGUUUGAUUUGGGAAAGUUUUUGUUUUUAAUGUGUUAAAAUUUUAAAUCAUUUUUAAAAAUUAUUAUUGACAUUAAAUUUGAAUUAUUUUUACCUCUCAGUCCAGUGUAUUGUGUGACACUGUAGAAGAAAUACAUGCUGUUUAGCAGUCUGAUAACCCCCUGGAAAGGGACAAAAAAAACAAAAAAGGUUUGGUAAAUUGAUUUUACCACUAAGACAUAUAUGAAAAGAUGUUUACGAGUACAAAAAACAUAUUUUUUUAUAAUAUAGUUUGCUUUUUAAAUAAAAUAUGUGGUAUCUCACUUUGUAUCGGUCAUACCAGUAUAACUGAUCACGCUGUUUCAUCUCAAUAUAAUUCAAACUACUGAACAUCAUUUUGAAGUAGGAAAUUUCAGUAGAUUUCAAAAUGUGGGUUAUCAUAAAGUUGAUCAACAAUAACCAGUGCACACUCAUCCUUUGUUUUCUCAUGUUGCAACAAGAAGAAUGAAGACAGGCAGCAUUUUAGAGCUGGGACCUGACUCAGUUUUUGUGUUUGACGGGGAAACGUGCCCAACCACCAUGCACCAGUACAUGUCAAAAAAUUUGAAUAUUGUGUAAAGGUGCAAUAUUUCUUGCUAGUCAUCUCAGAAAGUGAAACAGUAACUUUAUAGAUUCAUUCAAAUAACACUAAAUAAAAUAUGUCAAGCCUUUA